AUGUCGUUCAAACUUCCCUCAAUUUGUGAAACUGAUCACCUUUUUGCUAACGAUGACAAGCAUUAUGUCUUUGAAAACCCCUACGAUUUACCCGUUGAAACCCUCAUCAACCAAUCAUUACCCAUAAACCAAAAUUUUGGUGCGUGCUCGGUCAAAAUAUCUAUGACUGCAAAACCAGGUUUUUCGGAGAUUUACCGCAAUGCUGCGUUCCCCAACGGGUUGAAAUCUUGCAUCACCAAAGAGCUUGACACUUAUCCCAAAAUCUUUGAUUCUGCUGUGAAAAGACAUCCAAAGGCACCAUGUUUGAGCUACCAUGAAUAUGAUCUCGAUAACCAAUUACAUACCGGUAUGUACUUGGAUAUCUCAUACGAAGAGGUGCUGGCAAGGAAGGAUAAUUUGGUGAGUGGAUUGCUUUACUUGUUGACAAACAAUCCAUACAAAGACCUUACUUUGGAGGCUCACCAAAAAAUAGAUAACCAUGAAAGAGACUUUGCCUCAUACAACAAGGAUAACUUCUCAUUUGUUGUUACACUCUACUCUGGAAACAGAACAGAGUGGAUCUUGUCAGAUUUGGCAUGCUCUGCAAACACUAUUGCCACAGCUCCGCUUUAUGGCACCAUGGGUGUUGAGUCGUCCAAAUAUAUUUUGGAAACAACUCAAUCGCCAGUGUUGAUUACAACAAGAAGCAAGAUAGAGUCUUUGCUCAACCUUAAGAGAGACAACCCCGUGGCCCUCAAAUCAUUGAUAAUGUUGGUUUCGAUGGAUCACUUGGGUAAGGAGUAUAUGUCGUUGGUCAAACAAGCCGAUAAAGUGAACAUAAAGUUGUUCGAUUUCAGUCAAGUGGAGCGUGUUGGUGCCAUUUUCCCACGCGUUGAAACACCUCCUUCACCAGAUUCGGUCUAUACAAUCACUUUUACUUCUGGAACUACGGGAUCCAAUCCUAAAGGUGUAGUUCUUUUGCAGAGAGCAGUGACGUGUGCCAUUACCUCCCUGGCUCUCCUUUUGCCCCAUUCGCAACGCACUAAGGAAUUUUGUUUCCUUCCAUUGGCCCAUAUCUUUGAACGGCAAAUGUCCGCAAAUGUCUUUGUCUAUGGUGGCUCAAUUGCGUUCCCGAGAUUAGGCGGAACUUCUGCAACCAUGCUCGACGACGUCAAAUUGUGCAGACCAACAUUCUUGGCAAACGUACCUCGUAUAUUUACCAAAAUUGAAUCGGGGGUAAAAGAUAUGGUCAAGGAAUUAACAAACGCUACAACAGUAGCAGUAACAGCAGCACCAUCACCACCAUCAUCAUCAUCUUCUUCUUCUUCUUCUUCUUCGUUGUCAUCGUUUUCAUCACCAUUCGAAAGAGGGGAUUUGCAGAUUGGUUCCAAGGCAUCAGUCGAUAAGUUAAGAGAAACUUUUGGGCUCGACAAGAUGGACAUGUUCUUUACUGGUUCCGCACCCAUUGCUUCGGAUACCAUUAGAUUUUUGAAAACAGCAUUCGGCGUUGGAAUGACUCAGGGUUAUGGAUCAAGUGAGUCGUUUGGUGGUGUCUUGUUGGCAUUACCUAAUCACGAGCCAAGUGUUGGUACUUGCGGAGCGCUUGCCCCAUCAACUGAAGCUCGUUUGCGUGCACUACCUGAAAUGGGUUAUAGUUUGUCUGACCCGGAAGGCCCGCGAGGAGAGUUGCAACUACGUGGCCCACAAAUGUUCACACACUACUUGAAAAACUCGGAGGAAACACAGAAAAGUGUAGAUGAAGAAGGCUGGUUCUCUACUGGUGACGUUGCCCAAAUAACCCAUGAAGGUUGGUUCAUCAUUAUUGACCGAGUUAAGAAUUUUUUCAAAUUAUCACAAGGUGAGUACGUAACCCCAGAGAAAAUUGAAAAUACAUAUCUUUCCGCUAGUCCUUUGUUAACACAGGUAUUUGCACAUGGUGAGCUGACAAGCUCAUUUAUGGUUGGAGUCAUUGGAAUUGAUCCACAAACUAUAGUGCCACACUUGCGCAGAUUCGGUGUCAAGGGAGAUUUGUCAUCUAACGACAAAAUAAUUGAGGUUUGCAACCAAAGAGAAAUCCGUACACAAAUCCUUCUCACGAUUAAUACUGCAAUAAACUCCAAAUUGAAUGGGUUUGAAAAAUUGCACAAUAUUCACGUAGAGAUUGAGCCAUUAAGAUUGGAGAGGGAUGUGAUUACCCCCACAUCAAAGAUAAAAAGACCCAUUGCUGCUAAAUUUUUCAAAAAACAAAUCGACGAAAUGUAUGCCGAGGGGUCGAUCUUGCGGAAUUUGAAGUUGUAG